GUAUCAGCCGCCAUUUAAGAGUGAAGUAAAUUUAUCAAAGAAUACGGUUUAGUCUUAAAUUAACAAUUUAUUGUUAAUUUUUUUUUUAUUUAAACGAUUAAUAAUCAUUUUUCACCAUUGAUUAUAAAAAGAACAAAAUGAGUUACGGUAGACCGCCGCCUCGAAUCGAUGGUAUGGUAUCCCUAAAGGUUGAUAAUUUGACCUAUCGGACGACUCCAGAAGACCUUCGACGUGUUUUUGAACGAUGUGGAGAAGUUGGAGAUAUUUAUAUUCCACGUGAUCGAUUUUCACGGGAAAGCCGUGGCUUUGCAUUUGUCAGAUUUUAUGAUAAACGUGACGCUGAAGAUGCAUUAGAUGCAAUGGAUGGACGUAUUUUAGAUGGAAGGGAGUUGAGAGUUCAAAUGGCUCGGUAUGGACGACCAUCAUCUCCACAUCGUAGACACGGACGCUCAAAUCGUCGCCGAUCAUACAACAAAUCUCGAUCUCGUAGCCGUUCACGUUCUCGUCGUCGCUCUCGUUCACGAUCACGCCGCCGCAGUUAUUCACGUAGCCGAAGCCGAUCUCGUUCCGACAGCAAAAGUUCUCGUGGACGGUCUCGAUCACGUUCAGCAAGCAAAUCAAGAUCCCGUUCCAAAUCUAAAUAGAUGUAAUAUAGUUUCUAAUUCAACAAUAGAGUGUAAUGUGGUGACAAAAGAAGACAUUGCAAGCAGUAAAUCAUACUACAAUUGUCACAAUCAAGCAGACUAUUGAUGAGGUGUUUUUGGUGUAGAGUCAUUGGGGG